UACUUAAGGGACUAUUACACUCUUACUAAGCCCAACCCACCGGCCUGCUACAGUAACCCGUCACAGUGACCAAAUGUGCAGUGACCAACGUUACAGUUACCAAUGACAUAGUUACAAAAUUCAUCCAGUGACCAAAAAAUAAUAUGCCCCACCAAUGACCCGCAUCACAGUGAUCAAAUGUGUAGUGACUUUUGUUCAGUGACCAAUUGACAAAGUGACAUCCGCUCGGUGAUAAAUUUUUAUAGUGAUUCUCGUGCAGUGACCACUGCCACAAUGACCAUCGUCUACCAGUUACAGUUAUCCAACUCGUCCAGUUACAGUUACCAAACCCGCUCAGUUACAGUUACUCGAUUAUAUCAAUUUCAGUUACGUGAUUCGUCCAGUUAUAGUUACUCGACCCGUCCAGUUACAGUUACCCGACUCGUCCAGUUACAGUUAUCCGAUCCGUUCAGCUACAGUUACAAUUUUCGGGUUCGAACAUUUACAAUUGCCUGGAUCCGAUAAUAAUUACCGCUGGCCAACACCACCCACCACCACCAGCAACUGCCAUCGACCGCCGCCGGCGACACUCACUUUCGGCCACCGCCAGCAACCGUCAGCCGCCAACACUACACCCCAGCCUUCUCCCCCAACCAAGCCCCCUUCCCUCCCCCACCCCAUCCCCCUUCUCUGCUUUACCCAAGCCCCCUCCCCUGAGACACCCGAACACCCUGUCCCUCCGGCACCACCACACCCCAGCCCCCUAUGCCCUCCCUUCUACGGCCCUGCAACUACCAUCAACCCAGUCCCGCGGACGCCGCAACGCGACCACUGUACAAAUUAGUUCCAGAAUCUGCAAAAAUUCGAGCACCACUGUAGAUCUAACAUCGAAUCUGCAAAAUCGAAACACAACAUUUCCAGUGCUCAUCCCAAUUCUGAAUUUGCAAAAUAUUGAAGAGCUGUAAUUGAUGCUGAUUUUAACCCUAGUCGCGGAUUUAGAUUUCAAUGGGCGGAGGAAGAUGGUAGAGACAGAGAAGAAGAAAAUAGAGUACUAAGGAUGCGGUCGGAGAUAGUAGACGGUGGCGUGGUGCGGCAGCGCGCGGCGGCGAAGGGUGUGACGCGGACUGUGAAGAAGAGCCGAAGAGGAGGUGCGACAACGCAACAGUGACGUAGAAACCGGCAGCGAGAGGGGCUAAUUUGCAGCGAGAGGACCUGAUUGGCGAUGAGAGGAGCUGUUUGCGGUGAGAGAACAUCGGUAAUAGCAGAUGAAGGAGAUGCGGCGACCUGGUCCACAGCGAAGCUGUUGAAGACUGAAGCGGACGAGAGACAAUAUGGAAAGAUGCAGGCGUUGUAAGAACAGCAACAAUGGCGGAGGAUAUUAUAAGCAACAGAACAAGAAGAGGAAGAGGAGGCAUUUUUGGAGCUCCGAUGUGUGGCGUAGCACAGGAAACAGAGUUGUCCAGAGACGACAGCCAUUUCAGCCUCACCACCGGAAUCCUCCCCUCUCUCGGUGCUCGGAGCAGCUGCAGAGUCCAGCUCCGCCGGUUCACCGUCUCCCCCUACGACCGCCGCUACAGGAUAUGGGAAACCUUUCUGGUAGUUCUGGUCAUCUACACAGCAUGGGCGUCUCCUUUUGAAUUCGGCUUUCUUAAAAAGCCAGAAGGGCCAUUGUCUAUUAUUGACAAUGUUGUCAAUGGAAUCUAUGCAAUAGAUAUAGUGCUCACCUUCUUUGUGGCAUACCUGGAUAAGACCACAUAUCUUCUAGUUGAUGACAGAAAACAGAUUGCUUGGAAGUAUGGGAGUACUUGGUUGGCAUUUGAUGUCAUAUCCACAAUCCCCUCGGAGCUGGCCAAAAAAAUCAUGCCAAAACCUCUAAGAUCAUAUGGAUUAUUCAAUAUACUUCGCCUCUGGCGUCUCCGCAGGGUCGGUGCUUUAUUUUCCAGAUUGGAGAAAGAUAGGAAAAUCAAUUAUUUCUGGGUUCGUUGUGCUAAGCUUAUAUGUGUUACUUUAUUUGCUGUACAUUGUGCUGGAUGCUCCUAUUAUCUCCUGGCUGCUGAUUAUCGUGACCCAAAGAUGACAUGGAUAGGGGCAUCUAUGGAAGACUUCCUUCAUAAGAGCCUAUGGAUUCGCUACAUUACUUCAAUAUAUUGGUCGAUCACAACCCUCACUUCUGUUGGUUAUGGUGACCUACAUGCAGUGAAUACUCAGGAGAUGAUUUUUGACAUUUGCUACAUGCUCUUCAACUUGGGGCUUACUUCUUACUUGAUAGGAAACAUGACUAAUUUGGUGGUCCAUGGCACCAGCAAGACCAGGCAAUUUAGAGACACCAUUCAAGCCGCAUCAAGUUUUGCUCAAAGGAAUCAUUUGCCAGUUCGUCUUCAAGACCAGAUGCUUGCACAUUUGUGCUUAAAGUUUAGAACAGAUUCAGAGGGGAUCCAGCAGCAAGAGACUCUUGAGUCCCUUCCCAAAGCCAUCAGGUCAAGCAUAUCAAAUUUCCUCUUUUAUUCGAUGGUCGACAAGGCCUACCUUUUCCACGGGGUAUCAAAUGAUUUACUCUUCCAACUUGUUUCGGAGAUGAAACCGGAGUACUUUCCACCCAAGGAAGAUGUAAUCCUGCAAAAUGAAGCUCCCACAGAUUUCUAUAUUCUAGUGACUGGAGCUGUGGAUCUAUUGGUUCUUAAAAAUGGAACUGAACAGGUUGCCGGGGAGGCAAAAGCGGGAGAUCUAUGUGGCGAGAUAGGGGUUCUGUGUUAUAGGCCACAGAUAUUCACAGUACGGACGAAACGUUUGAGUCAACUUCUACGGAUGAACCGAACCACGUUUCUGAAUAUCAUUAAGGCUAACGUUGGUGAUGGGACCAUAAUAAUGAACAAUCUUCUUCAGCACCUGAAGGAGAUGAAGGAUGACCCAAUAAUGGAAGGAGUUCUGUUAGAGACAGAAAAUAUGUUAGCAAGGGGAAGAAUGGAGUUACCUCUGACCCUUAGCUUCGCAACGCAAAGAGGAGACGAUUUGCUGUUGCAUCACUUGUUGAAGAGGGGUUUAGACCCAAACGAAUCAGAUAACAAUGGGAGAACCGCUCUUCAUAUAGCAGCAUCCAAAGGAUAUGAAAACUGUGUCGUUCAUCUUCUUGACUUUGGAGCCAAUCCCAACCUUAAAGAUUCUGAAGGUAGUAUACCCUUGUGGGAAGCCAUCUUGGGAAAACAUGAACCGAUCAUCAAGCUACUGUUGAACAAAGAUGCAAACAUAUCUGCUGGGGACGUUGGCCAGUUCGCAUGCAUUGCUGCCGAGCAGAACAACCUUGACCUCCUCAAAGAAAUCACCCGUUGUGGUGGGGAUGUAACCCUGCCAAGAACCAAUGGCCCCUCGAAGACAGCUCUCCACUAUGCCGUUUGUGAAGGCAACGUCGAGAUGGUCAAAUACCUGUUGGAUCACGGGGCCGCCAUCCAAAAACCAGACGAGUACGGGUGGACCCCAAGAGAUCUGGCUGAGCAACAAGGGCACGAAGACAUUGCUGCACUCUUUGAAUCCCGAAAUGAUCAAUCCAUCACCACCACGGUGCCUGAAGACCCGCCUGGUAGGGUCAGCUUUCUCGGGAGGUUCAAAAGUGAGCCCAAAAUGCCUCCCACGACACAGGCCGAGGGACCGUUUGGGGGGCAGUCUCGCCCCAGGCGUAGGACAAACAGCUUCCACAACUCGCUGUUUGGUAUAAUGUCGGCUGCCCAAAGCAUUGACCAACCAAUCCUCUUACCCGUGAAAGAAACCACAACAGAAAAUCCCUACCGCACUAGAGUAACAGUUAGUUGGCCCGAGAAAGGAGACAUUGCAGGAAAGGUUGUGUUACUACCUAAGAGCUUCAAAGAGCUACUAGAGAUCGGGGUUAAGAAGUAUGGUUUCUUGCCUUCCAAGAUUAUGAGCAAAUCAGGGGCAGAAAUAGAUGAUAUUGGAUUGAUCAGAGAUAAUGAUCAUAUUGUUUUUGCAAAUGAUACUAGAAAUCCAGAUGUAAAAUGACUAAACUCUGGUAUGUGUUGAUCUGCCAAUGAAGACAGAAGAUUGCCCUUCAAGCAGUGGAAGCCUAACACACCUUUAACAUUAUCCCAAUAGUGUAAAAUGACUAAACUCUCGUAUAUAACUAAUUUUUUUAGUUACUAUACGGACUGUAAACUCCGUAUGCAAAAUUACAUUUAAAUGCAAACCAAGCAUU